UUCUCAGAAUAAGAACUCACAGAUUCUAAAUAUAAAACAUAGUCUUCAAGAGCGACGUAAACUUAUCGAAUUAACAUGAGCAUGUAAUAUACGGGCCCGGUUCGAGCCCAGUCUCCCCGUGCUCGUGCUGCACUCAGCUAUCCGUUGUUCGCGUGCAGACGUAGAGAAUAUCAUCAGUGAGGAAAGGAUACAAGAUCAGCUGUGAUCAUGGACCCGGAAGCGUUUUUGGAUGUGGCCAAUCAGGUCAUCAAGCUAAAAAUGUUUCCGUUCUUUGAUAUCGCGCACAGUUUACUUGCCGCGCUGGCCGUGCGCGAGGAUUUAGGCGCCAACGCUCAGGCCUUCUCGCGGAAACAUCCGCUGGCAUGUUGGCUAUCCACAAUGCUGGUAAUAUUCGCGGGCGGCAUGGUGGCCAACGGGUUACUCGGGGAGCCCAUCUUAGCACCAUUGAAAAACACCGGACAACUCCUCGUAGGCACAGCUGUGUGGUAUAUAGUUUUUUAUACACCCUUCGAUAUUGGAUACAAAGUGGCCAAGUUUUUACCUGUGAAAAUUGUGGCCAGUGCCAUGAAAGAAAUUUAUCGAGCGAAGAAAGUCUACGACGGAGUAGGACAUGCGGCCAAACUAUAUCCGAAUGCCUGGAUAAUCAUGAUCAUAAUUGGCACUCUUAAGGGCAAUGGCGCUGGCUUCACCAAGCUGAUCGAGCGUCUCAUAAGGGGUGCGUGGACACCGACAGCAAUGGAAUUCAUGCAGCCAUCCUUUUAUACGAAAGCGUCUUUGCUGGCCUCCAUUAUUUUUGUGCUAGAUAAAAAGACCGAUUGGAUCUCAGCGCCACAUGCCUUAGUCUAUUUUGGCAUUGUUAUCUUCUUGGUGUACUUUAAACUGUCUUCUAUCUUGCUGGGUAUUCACGAUCCCUUCCUGCCAUUGGAGAACUUGUGCUGUGCUAUCUUCUUCGGUGGUAUAUGGGAUAGUUUGGCCAAGAUCUUGGGGCGUGGCCAGGCCAAGGAUGGCGAUAGCAAAGAUGUUAAGAAAAGCAAUUAAAUCAUCUCUAAAUUAGCUCAAAAUUUUCAUACGCUGCCAACCAAA